AUGCGCGGGUGUUCCACUAGGAGUGUACAACAUUGUCGAGAAUUUCAACAUCGCUUUGCGUGUUCAACCGCAGAUACUGACCUUUCUGAGCUUGGUCACUUGGAUGCAAUGCAAAUAUUACGGGAACAAGUGGCCGCUCACCAAGUCGCUGGCUGUUGUCGCACCAGUUGCUGCCCUCAUGGGCGGCGUCGAGUGUGGCCUCAUAUUUGCACUCAGACGCGCAAGAAGUGA